CGGCCGUGUCCAGGGCGCUGCAGCCGGAUGUUGCUGCGGGGGGCGCGCGGUUUGGCGGGGGCGCGCCGGGGGGAGCCCCCGGCCGGCUCUGGCAGCUGCAGGGGGAUGCUCAGGGAAGGGGCCCCGCACCCCCACCCCAGCAACAUCUCCGGCCUUCGGGAACUUUCGGACACCCCGGCAAAGGCCGGUGGCACCUCAGACACCCCAGGAAGCGACGGCAGGACAGACACCCCCCAGGGUGAAGUGGGGGUCCCUCCUGCUGCCCCCCCGAUCCCACCACCACCCACGCACUGCUGCGGAACCGGCUGCCCCAGCUGCGUCUGGGUUGGGUACGUGGAGGAGCUGCUGGAGCGGUACCGGGACGGCGGUGCGCGGGCCUUGGCCGCCAUCGAGGAGCACGUGGAGGACGAGAACAUUAAAAUGAUCCUCAAGAUGGAGAUCAGGCUGCGUACGGAGAAGAAAUGAUCUUCCCCCGGCCCCUAAAAACCAGCGGGUGAUACCGCCCAGGAGACUGCUUCAGGCUGGAUGGUGGGAUCUGGACUCAGCUUAUUUAAACUAUUUAUUUGUGUGUGUUGAGCUCUGGGGGGGCGGUUGGGCUGGGGAUGGUCCGAGCCCCCCCUCCAGUGACCUGCGCAGCUUUGAGCACGGGAUCCUGCGUGAGUUUCAAUACAGGCAGUGCCCGGGUCGUGUCUCGCCGCUCGUCUAUGGGGGAACCUGCCCUUGGGGACAGACAGCAGCUCACGUCUGUCCUCGGCCCCGGAUUUCCCGGCAGCCGGAUGCUGUGCUCCCCCGGGAUGGAAAAUCCCUGCCAAGGGCAGGCUGGUGCGUGUCCCCAGCCCUCCCCACGCCGCUGCUCUUGCCUCCUCCUUGCGUUCCCCACCUUGGAUUUGAAGCGUCCUGUGCGGCUUGGCCGUGACCUAGUGAUUGGGGAGAGCUGGGGCACUGCGCCAGACCCCCCCUCCGCACCGGCACCGUAAGCCUCUUAGGGGCUUCUCCACGUGGGGGGCUUGCAGGGGAGGCACCCGGCGCUGCCGGCCCCUUCUCCAGGCAGGAGGUGCAGGCAGCGUGCGGCCCCGAGCACAUGGGCACCGGCAGCCUCUUGGCAAGGGCACCGUCCCCGGCUCCGGCACUGAGGUCACAACCUGCCAGGCUGUUUUUCAUGGUGCCUUUUCUUCCUCAAUUGCCUUUUCCUCCAUCUUGAAACCCCAUAAAUUUGGUCCAGUGCAUCCUCCCCUCCAUCCUGCCUGGCUGGGCUGGGGGACUUGCAGGCUGCUGGCCAUCGGGACCCCCGCAGACCCCCCCAGUCCUCCCGGCACAAGCUCCCCAAGGAGCCACGAAGCCCUUGAGCAGCGCUUGCUAACGAAGCUGGAAGCAGCAAUUUACACCAGGGCUCUGCUCUUUGCCAGAGAAAUAGCUGGUUCUGCCAGCUUCAUAUAAAACACACACGGAUCCCUGUAAUCCUAUUUGUUGGAGUCCAACUAAUUGCAAUUAGUGGCAGGGGCUGAUGUUCAAUUAAAGUGUACUGAGAUUA